AUGGAGUCCAGCAAGGUCAAGUAUAAAUUCAUUGAGGGAUAUGAACGGGUGGGCUAUUAUGUCCCAGGGGGCUAUCACCUUGUAUCGCUCGUUGUUGACAAGCUGCGAUUUGGACGAAAUGCUACUACCUGGCUUGCUGAGGAUACCCGAAAACAUUGUCUUGUUGCUCUCAAGAUCUCAACUGCUGAAUCAGCCCACAGAACCCGUGAAUUGGAACUUCUAAUGCGACUCAGAGAAACUAAGUCCAGCCAUAUGGGGAGUGGCCUUGUUCAAAUCCUCCAGGAUGCUUUCAUAAUUUCCUGUCCUAAUGGCACCCAUCAGUGUCUGGUGUCAAGCUUUGAGAGGAUUAGUCUGAAUGGGGUGAACGAACUCCCAUUUCAUCGACUACUUCCUCUCCCUGCAGCGAGAGCCAUCGCCGCGCAGCUUGUACUCGGGCUGCACUUCAUCCACUCCGAAGGAAUUGUUCAUGGUGACCUUCACGCAGGGAACAUCCUACUUCAAUUACCACCAGACAUGCAAAACAUUAGCCUCAAGCAACUACGCCGUCAAAAAGGGGAGCCAAUGAAGGAGCCCGUUGUGCGCGAAGAUGGCGCCCCUCUGGACCCCGGGGUGCCACCUGAGGUCAUUAUGCCUAUGUGGCUAGGCAUCGAAAGUGACAAAGUGACACUAGCAGACGCCCAGAUCAAAACCUCCGACUUUGGUGAAGCCUUCGACCCUCGAAUAAGUAAACAGUACUCUGCCCAUACCCCGCUUGUGGUUGCGCCACCCGAAUCUCGUUUUGCUGAGGAUUCAAACGAGCCUCUUUCUUUUCCCAGUGAUAUCUGGACACUUGCGUGCACUAUAUGGGAUGUUUUUGGAUGUAGACCACCGUUCGAGACAUUUGAAGGCUCGCUGGACGAAAUGACCGUGGAGCAUGUGGAAACGCUCGGAAAGCUCCCCCAGCGGUGGUGGGAUCUGUGGGAGGGAAGAAAUAGAUGGUUCGAUGAGGGUCGGAAGAACGUGACAGAGGAUCUUCAGCAGCGUUAUGGGACUCUGCUUUGGGGCUGGGAUAAUCGAUUUGCAGAGUAUAUACAAUUAUCAAGGGAAAAACAGGGCCUUGGCCCGCUUCCGCCAGAUGAGGAGACGGCUUUCCAACAGAUGAUGAAGAUGAUGUUAGUGCUUGAGCCAGGUGAGCGAGCAACAAUUAGCAAGGUUCUGGGGUGCGAAUGGAUGCAGCAAUGGGGAUUACCUGAAUGGCGAUGAAUUAAUGAUACUGUUGUCAAAAAGCCCUCAUGUUAGUUGACUGGCAGUACAUAAAAUGGACAAUGCAGUCUAUGUUCGAGGCA